UCCCACCAUACCCGUUUUUGGGGAAACUGUGAUUCAAGUUUAGUUUGCAUUUAUUCUAAAUUUAAAGGAAAAAAAAAACUCUCCGAAUGGGUUUCUCCGGUGCAUCCACGACCGACGGAGGCCCAGAACCCGACACCGAGUCCGUCCUCCUCCUCCGCCAAUCGCCGAAGCAGGAGGAUAGAUUCAACUUGGCCUACAUCAUCUACUUCACUUUAGGCGUCGGAAUCCUCCUCCCAUGGAAUUCCUUCAUCACCGCCGUCGAUUACUUCUCCUACAUCUACCCGGAAGCUUCGGUGGAUCGUGUAUUCGCCGUCUCUUACAUGGUGGUCAACCUCUUCAGCCUCGUCAUCAUUGUGUUAUAUGCUCACAAGAGUGAAGGUUACGUGCGGAUCAAUGUUGGUUUGGUCCUAUUCGUGGUUUCCCUCCUCAUCGUGCCUGUCAUGGAUGCGGUUUAUGUAAAGGGUCGGGUCGGGUUGUAUGACGGUUUCUACGUUACCGUCGGGGUUCUCGCUUUGGCAGGUAUAUCAGAUGCGCUUGUUCAAGGUGGGCUCUUCGGGGCGGCUGGGGAACUGCCGGAACGCUACAUGCAGGCCAUUGUUGCCGGAUCCGGCGGUUCUGGGGUCCUUGUUUCACUGCUGAGACUCCUAACCAAAGCUGUAUUUCCACAAGAUGCUGAUGGCCUGAGAAAAAGCGCAUAUCUUUACUUUUUCACUAGCAUUGUGUUCAUGGUUAUAUGCAUAGUCUUGUACAAUGUGGCACACAGACUUCCGAUUAUGAAGUACUAUGAGGAGUUGAAGACCGAGGCUGUUAAGGAGGAAAAUGUGGAGAAAGGUCCGAUUACCGGGCCUGUUUGGAGAGCAACCUUGUGGAAUAUAGUAGGAACAGUCAAAUGGUAUGGAUUUGGGGUCGUUCUCAUAUAUCUUGUGACUUUGGCUAUAUUUCCAGGAUAUAUCACAGAAGACGUGCACUCGUUGAUUCUCAAAGACUGGUAUCCAGUCCUCCUAAUUAUGUGCUUCAAUGUGUUUGACCUGGUUGGCAAAUCGUUGACCGCUGUCUACCUCCUUGAAAAUGCAAAGGUUGUAAUUUAUGCUUGUGUUGUGAGGUUACUGUUCUUUCCCAUCUUCAUAGGCUGCUUGCACGGUCCUCGGUUCUUCCGGACAGAGAUUCCCAUCUCGUUACUAACUUGCCUUCUAGGGCUAACUAACGGCUACUUGACAAGUGUGUUAAUGAUCAUGGCUCCCAAGACUGUUCAGAUACAACACGCCGAGACUUCCGGCAUUGUUAUGGUUUUGUUUCUAGUUGUUGGUCUGGCAUCAGGAUCGGUCAUAGCCUGGUUCUGGGUCAUCUGAUAUUCAAGCUUUUUCUUCCUUUCGGAUUCCAUGUACAGGUGAUCAACAUAAACUUCUGUUAAUGGUGCUUUCAUCUUUGUAAAGGUGACAAAAAACUUGUAAAAUUUUAUGAUAAAUGCUGUGCAAUGCAUGCAUAACUGCUCUCGUAGUAUGUCUGUGCCUUAAAACCGUAUGAUGUAUCAAAUGUUCUGGAAAAUGAAUAUGGGCUGUUUCACC